AAAACCUCCGAGACGGAUAGGAGGCAAAUCUGCAACACUGUUACGACGUCGUUUUGCUCAGCUACUGCCUGGCCUCCGAAGUUCCAGACUCCAAUUGGCUUUUUCCUCUGAAGGAAAAAUCACCCUUGUUGGACGAGGGUCCAAAGCUUCGCGAGCUAUUGAAUUCAAUCCACUUGGUCCCAAGGUUUAUAUUAGCUCAACCUUCCAAUCUAUCAUCGUCUUCUCUACAUGGGUUUGCCGGAAAUCGUUGAUUUUGCCCGUAACUUCGCCGUCAUGGUCAGGGUCCAAGGCCCCGACCCGAAGGGCCUAAAGAUGCGAAAACAUGCUUUCCACCAUUAUCACUCUGGAAAAACAACACUUUCAGCUUCUGGAAUGUUGUUGCCUGAUACCCUUUCUGACAUUUCAGCUGCUUGCAAGCAUAUCCACAACAAUAAUGAUCGGAAUUCAAUGUUGGUUGUGUCUGUUGCAUCUAUUCUGGAACCUUUUCUCUCCCUAGAACAUAGAGAGAACAUUUCCCAGGGCAGCCAUCCUGAGUUGAUACAUGGCGUUCAAAUUGAUGUAAUGGUAGAGGAAAACAACUCUGAGGAAUUAGACAAAAAAGCUCCACAUUGGCUACCUGCCCAACUUUUGGCAUUGGUUGAUGUCCCUGCAUUUUCCCUUGCUGUUCAAUCAAUAAUUGAAGCUUGUUCUGGCUCACGGGAGCAAGGCUGGGAUGUGGGUUGGUCCUUGGCCUCAUAUACUGGUGAUUCACAUACUUGGGUGGAUGCUAUUCAAACACAGGUUGAUUGUAAUGCCAAAUCUUCCAUAGAGGGCCAGAGGCAUUUUGUGGUGGGAGAUUCCUCCCAUCCAAGUCUUAUGGGAAGGUCAACUGCUAGAAUUGCCCUUCUCAGGGUCUCUUCCAUAAACUCUAAGGAUCUGCCCAACAUAGCCAUAUCACCCUCAAAUAAGAGGGGGGAUCUUCUUCUAGCAAUGGGUUCUCCAUUUGGUGUCCUUUCACCUGUGCACUUCUUUAACAGUAUAUCAGUGGGAUCCAUUGCCAACUGCUAUACACCAAGUUCUUGUGGAAGAUCACUGUUGAUGGCUGACAUUAGGUGUCUUCCUGGGAUGGAAGGUGGUCCAGUUUUUAAUGAACAUGCACAACUGAUUGGUAUCUUGACGAGACCAUUAAGGCAAAAAACUGGUGGUGCUGAAAUUCAGCUGGUAAUCCCAUGGGAAGCCAUUGCAACUGCUUGCUGUGACUUGCUGCAGAAGGAGGUUCAAAAUGAAGGGGAAAUGAAACAUUAUAACAGGGGAAACUUAAAUGCUGUAGGGAAGAAAUAUCUAUUCAGUGGCCAUGACUCAGAUGGACCUUUCAACUGUAUGCACCAGCAACCUGAUUGUUGUAGCCCUCCAUUGUCAUUGAUUGAAAAAGCAAUGGCUUCUAUUUGUCUUGUUACCAUUGAUGAUGGAGUAUGGGCAUCUGGUGUUGUGCUCAACAGCCAAGGCUUGAUACUCACAAAUGCUCACCUGCUGGAGCCAUGGAGAUUUGGAAAAACAGUUGCAAGAGGUGGAAGAUGUGGAGCCGAACCAGAGAUACCUUUUAUCCCCUCUGAGGAAUCUGUCUAUUGCAGGGAUGAGGGCACUUAUAGUCACCAGAAGAGUCAGGAUUUGCUACCAAAAACAUUGAAUAUUGCAGGUUCUUCUGUCAUGGAUGGACAUGGGGGAUAUAAAUCUGGUCCAAAUUACAGAGGCCAUAGAAACAUACGCAUUCGCCUGGAUCAUACAGAUCCUAGGAUUUGGUGUGAUGCUAGGGUAGUGUAUGUUUCUAAAGGACCUUUGGACAUUGCCCUACUGCAGCUUGAGUUUGUUCCAGGUCAGCUUUGCCCUAUUAUUAUGGACUUCGCAUGCCCAUCUGCAGGAUCGAAAGCAUAUGUUAUUGGACAUGGACUCUUUGGGCCUCGAUGCGACUUCUUCCCAUCUGUUUGUGUUGGUGAAGUGGCAAAAGUAGUCAAAUCAAAGAUGCCUCUGUCCUGUCAAUCCAGUUUGCAAGAGAAUAUACUAGAAGAUUUUCCAGCAAUGCUUGAAACAACAGCUGCUGUGCAUGCUGGUGGUAGUGGUGGAGCUGUUGUUAAUUCAGAAGGUCGUAUGAUUGGACUCAUUACAAGCAAUGCACGGCAUGGUGGAGGGACAGUUAUACCACAUUUGAACUUCAGCAUUCCAUGUGCUGCCCUGCAAGCUGUCUACAAGUUCUCGAAAGACAUGCAGGGUAUGUCACUCUUACUAGAUCUUGACAAACCAAAUGAGCACCUUUCUUCUGUAUGGGCAUUGAUGCCACCACUGUCCCCCAAGCCAGGCCCCUCUUUGCCUAAUCUUCCAAAUCUUCCACAAUCUCUACUGGAAGAUAACAAAGAAGGCAAGGGCUCGCGAUUUGCCAAGUUUAUAGCUGAAAGAAAUGAGGUGUUUAAAAAGCCCACUCAACUUGGCAAGGUGGAAAUGCUUGCUAAUGAGAUCAUUCCUAGUAAGUUAUGACAAUCAAGGAGUCCUCUUCUACCAAAAUAAGAAGAUUACCAUCAGAAUAUGAGGUUCAGAUUGCAAUGCCCCCCAUCUUGCAGUGAGUUUAAGUCCCACCAGCCUCAUGGAAUGGACUAGUUGGGGAAAUAAACCAGGGGAAUUUUUUGUGGUUCUGCCAAGCCCAAGUGAGUCAAUGUAAUUCAUGACAAUUGGUUAUUGCACUUGAUGUAACUUAACUAGUGAAAUUUUGAUGUCCCAUAUUUUUAAAAAAAUGGAAAUGACAUCAUUCCAUGCUGUUUCCAUAGCAUUUUCA